UUUGAUUCGAACGACGGCGUUAUGGUAUGUUUUGUCCCUCCUCCUCAAAUUCUUGUCUCGCUUUCCAUCCAUGGAUUCUGAUCAUCGCAGAAAGCCUUCCGAUCACUUAGUUCACUCUCGAUUCUUCCUUUUUGGCUUCUAUUGCUGGGAUUGGGAAUUCUUGACCGCUCUUCUCCUCUUUAGUUGUUCUUCCUGAUCCAUUGGGAUUUUCUCGCCGUUUCUGCAAUUUCUUUUCCGUGCAACGUCGGAUCAAUCCCAAAUUUCAGAUAGGAUUUGCUAUUCCUUUUUUUUUUUUUGGAAAGAGUUGUGCGAGGGCUAAAGGCUGGUCGAUCGGGGAGAGAAAUGACGCAGCGGUCGGCGCCGGCCCCGUUUCUGACGAAGACGUAUCAGUUGGUGGACGACGAGCGGACCAACGAUGUGAUAUCGUGGAGCGAAAGCGGCGACACCUUCGUGGUGUGGAAGCAAGCGGAUUUUGCAAAGGAUUUGCUUCCCAAUUAUUUCAAGCACAACAAUUUCUCCAGCUUUGUUCGUCAGCUCAACACUUAUGGAUUCCGAAAGAUAGUCCCCGACAAAUGGGAAUUCGCUAACGAGAAUUUCAAGCGAGGACGCAAGGAGCUCCUGUCCGAGAUCAAACGCCGGAAGACUCUGACACAACCAUCGGGGAAGUCAGGCAGCGGCGGUGGCGGCAAUUCCGCGUCGAACUCUGGAGCCGGCGACGACGCGGGGUCCACGUCCACUUCGUCAAGUCAUUCGAAGAGCAAGGCGGCGUCGGCGGAGACGAAGACGGGGCCGGAAUACGCAGAGUUAUCAGGAGAGAACGAGAAACUGAGAAAAGAUAACGAAAUGCUGAGCUGGGAGCUAGCGGAAGCGAAGAAGCAGUGCGAGGAGCUGGUGAGUUUUCUGACGGAGUACCUGAAAGUGGGGCCGGAUCAGAUUAAUCGUAUAAUAAUGCGGGAAGGAACAGGUGGGUCCAGCUGCGAAGAAGAGGAGGAAGGAAAGAAGGUGGUAGGUGAAGAAGAAGAGGGAGAAAGUCUGAAGCUAUUUGGGGUUUGGUUGAGAGGUGAGAAAGAAAGGACGGAGGAGGAGAAAAUGAGGGCUGCCGCCACCAACCUCCACCACAAGAGAGGCCGCGAAGACCAGAUGGCUUUUGGUGGGCCUCACCCAUCCAAGGAGCUUAAGACUAUGCAUCUCGGUGCUUCCCCUGUCAAUGUCAUGAUCAAUUGAACUCCUCAACCUCACGCCUGUGUCCUGUCCCAAUUAUAUAUUCUUCCCUUUCUUUUGUGUUUUUGUGUUCUGAUCUGUAAACGAAGCAAAAGCUAAAAGCAUAGUGUGAUUCGUAUACGUUAGUUGCAAUUGAGUAGUUAGUAAUUAGCCGAA